AUGACAUCCACCAAGCUGCUCUUCAUCGCGGCCCUCGGCCUCGCCCUCUUCGCCGUCGCCGCCCUGGCCGAUGGCGACUAUGACGACAAGCACGACAACAAGGGUCCGUGCAAGGGCGGCUACUGGCCCGACGGCAAGGGCUGCUGCCCGAAGAUCAUCAAGGGCAAGGCCUACUACCGCGAUGCCAACAAGUGCUACCCCAAGGACCUCGACUGCGGCGUCUUCUACGCUGAUGGCAACGGGUACUACCCGGACGAGAAGGGUAACUACGCUAAGGACGGCGAGCACUGCGACGAUGAGCGCAAGUGCCACCAGUACUGCAUUCGUCCCGAUCACGACGACCACUAUGAUGAUGAUGACGAGUGCCACGAGAGUACGACGACCAGGAAGCACCACCGCACCACGUCGACCACCGAGGAGUGCCCCCGCGAGACCACCUCGACCAGGAGGCAGACCACCACAAAGAAGGAGACCACCACCACGCCCAAGGAGACCACCACCACGAGGAGGGAGACCACGUCGACCAGGAGGCACCACCGCACCACGUCGACCACGGAGGAGUGCCCCAAGGAGACCACCUCGACCAAGAAGCACCACCGCACCACCAGCGAGAAGCCCUGCGAUGACGACCACGACAAGGACUACGACAACAAGAAGAAGCAGUGCCACGGCGGCCAGUGGAGCGACGACGACGGGUGCUGCCCGCGCAAGAUCGGCCACCAGUGGUACUACCGCGAUGCCCACGGCUGCUACCCCGUCGAGCGCGACUGCGGCGUGUUCUACGCCGACGGCCAGGGCUGUUACCCCGACGAGCACGGCAAGUACCGCGAGUACGGCGAGAAGUGCCCGCGUCACCGCCAGUGCAAGCGCGAGUGCGACGGCGGCAAGAAGCACGACGACGACCACUACGACGACGACAAGGACUACUAG